AUGAACCGAUCGGAACCGAUUCCCAUUCGACGGGACCGCUCCUUCGACAGCGUGCUCAACCGCCUGCUGCGGAUGCGCUCCCAGAACCACGAGUCAUUCCGCGCGGCCAUGUACAACUUCCUCAUCGCUGCCGGCGUGGGUGCAUUUGUAGCCGUCUGCUUCAUACUGGGGCCCUUUGUGCGACCCCUGUUGUGGGCUUUCCUUAUGGGAGCCGUUCUCUUCCCAUUCAAAAGAAGUCUGGCGGAGAGUGUAAACAAUUGGUUCCAGCGUCUCGAGGAACGCGAUUCUAACGUCCUGGUCUCCAUCUGCCUUUCCCCCCUGGAGGCCACAGAGCACUGUGGUCGGCUGUUGAUUGGAUGGCUCUGUGAACACUGGCAACUGCUGCUCGCCGGAUGCGGAGUGGCGGGCUGUGUCAAACUGCUCGUCCUCUAUGCUCCCAAAGGGUUUUUGAUGGCGCUGUGGCACUGGAUAACAUUUUCGCACGGAUUGUUCGUCCAGAUUAUUGGAUUCCUGAAUGUUUACGUGCUUAUUUCUCUGGUGAUUAUAUACUUAAGUUGUGUCCACUUUUUCUGGAAGCCGGAGAACAGCGCUCACUUUGUCGUUGCUGGUCAAACCAUGUGGAUAGCCAUAGCUGGCUAUUUGAGCAGUUUCCUGGGCGCCCUUCAGGUACCCGUUUUCCUGCUGGUCAUGGCAUAUGUUACAGCCUCAACGGCAUACCACCUGCAAACAAGAGAGGAUGCUGGGACAUUUUUGCACCGUUUGCAGAAGCUAUUCGAUAAGAACGAUUUUGAGCGUUCACUGAGCAACUUUAGCAUUUGCGGCAAACACGGCGGCGAACCCCUCAGUCCUGGGAUUCAAUCAGAUGUGGAGGACAUCUCGCUGAGCGACACCAUCGACUCUACGGAUACUUUUGGUGCGAAACCGGAAACUGAAUCUGAAAGCCAUCAAAGCGAAACCUUCUUCAAGCUUUUGUUCUACGCCUGUUUGGGAACAUUCCUUUAUCGUAAUGUUUGGAUGUUUCUACUGGCAGCCAUACCAGUAUUCCUACAUCUCAUCUAUACGGUGGGAGAGUAUACUGGAAUCACCCGUUUCGUGUACAGCAAGAUUAACGAACUUUAUCUGGCGUUGAGGGCGUGGGCCAUUGAACACCACUCCGCAGUGCUUCCACUAUGCCUCCCAGGAGUUUUGGAACUAAACUACAAGAUCAAUACGAUCGUACGCGAUUCUCUAAAGUCGUCUGUGGAGUCGGUCACCUCUAUUUUGAUGAUAAUUCUUAUGCUGCUCAUUAUCGUGUUCCUGAGCGUGUUCUUUUGUGUGAACAUUUACUCGGAGACGAUCGAAGUGGCCUACCUUGGCAAGGAUCUAAUUAACAAGACGAUCACAGAUCGGCCUGAGCUAAUUGAUAUCUUGCCCGCCAACAUGCAGGCGUCCAUUGAUGAUGCGCUGGAUAAUGCGCACCAUUAUGGUCGCCGAAAGAUCGAGACGUACAUUGAUGACUGGCUGGCGGAUGCUGACAAAGUGCAUGCCACCAAAUUGAAGGAGCAAAUUCUUGACGUCUGGGACAGACUCAUCCAAUAUUGGAUAGAUUUCAACAAGGCGGGAACUUCGUACGGCCCGAGAGUUCCAACAGAUGCGCUUAAGAGCACCUUUGGCGAAAUUGUCGAUAACCCAGGACAUUUUAAAGAGCUAGUUUUAGUGGCAAAACAGGGCAUCAUUGGAUGGGCGCAGAGCAACACCCAGACAAUUCUCGAGGUAGCAGAAUCCCUGUGGCACAUCAUCCGAACGAAUCUAUCCAUGAUUAUGGGCGUUACGGGCGAGAUUCUCUCGUUGGUGCUGUCCGGUGGACAGGCGUGUAUUGAAUUCAUUCUAGAUAUGAUUGUCUUCUUUACGGCCCUUUUCUAUCUACUCUCAAGUAGUAAAGAAAAGUAUGCUCCACUGCAGAUCACCAAAUAUCUUGGGUAUUCCAGCUCGGGCAUCAAAAUCGCUGAUGCUCUGGAAAACUCCAUCACCGUGGUGCUAGUCUCUAUGUUCAAGUGCGCUACAUUUACUGGACUAUUUACAUGGCUGGUGCAUACGGUUUUCGGAGCAAGGAUUGUAUUCCUGCCCUCGGCUUUGGCAGCCAUGCUAGCAGCUGCUCCGUUCCUAGGGAGCUAUUGGUGUGCAGUUCCUGCCUUUUUGGAGCUCUGGCUGGCACAGGAUCGAUUCUAUGCAGGACUCAUAUUGUUUCUGCUGCAAUUUUUCGUGCCAUCCUCGUUUGAGACUGCAAUCUAUGCCGAUCUGAAAGGGGGAGGCCAUCCAUAUUUGAAUGGUCUUGCAAUUGCUGGCGGCAUGUACUGGAUCGGCUGGCAGGGUGCCAUUUUCGGACCUCUGAUGCUGUGCUUCUUCAUUGGUCUCUUCGAGGUGGCCACCUUGGCCAUGCGAAGCCAUCAGGAACCCAGGCCCAGUUCCGAAGAGGAUACGCGGACCACGUGAGUUAGCAUGGAACAGCAACUACGAAUUUCCUUUUAAUACUCGAACUGCAAACUAACCUUCAUAAGCUGUGCGGCCAAAUACCUGACAAUCAAAUUGAGAUUGGCCGCAUUUAUAAUCUAGUGUUAGGAUAAAGUUUCCUAUCAGUUUUUAAAUUUUGCUGUUAAUUAUUCUUUUGAUUUGCCUCUUUCUUUAUUAUUUUACUAAAAUUUUUAAGUAUUAAAAAACUCCGUCAGUACAGCCAGAGCUACCAACAUCUCAACCUAUCUUAAUAGUUAUAAAUGCAAUAUGUACCUCGAAUUAGAAGCUGCUGGUCAUUUUGAAAGCGAUUUAGAGAGCUAACUAAUGAUUUCUUAAUGUAACUUUGUAAAUGUGUGAUUUGUUUUAAUUAGUAUAACAAAAUAUGUUGCAAAAUAUACUAAAUACUAACUGUA